ACGCACAAGCUCACAUUGGAAAGCGGCGCAGGAUCUUGAAGGAUAAUGUUUUAUUAUAAGCGGAGUAUCAAUGAGAAACUGGAGUGUCGCCGUGCUGCGUUUCACCGGUUAGUGAGGCGGAAGCGACAUGUGAGCCAAUAAAGUGGAAAUAUAGCGAACAUAUAUUCAAAAAACCUGUCCGCAUAUCGUGGAUCACGCUGGGCACACAGAGCAUCAGCCCCUUCUGGUUGAGGGUAGGGGUGCAGAUUGACAUCCCGGAGAUGUUACGGCAGGUUGGGCUGUUGGCCGGGAGUCUUCUGCCUCUGCUUCUCAGGAAUGUGUUGACCGAGGAGAACACCACAAUGUCUAGCAACACUACAACUUCAAGUCAAGGCUCCAACAUUGUGGCCAUUGUAGUGCCAACUGUUGUCCUGGGAGUGUUGGCUAUUUUGACAGCAGUUCUGGUAUUUCUGUUCUGCGUUGUCAAAAAGAAGAGACAGACAGAGGGGACGUAUCGACCCAGUGCAGAGGAGCAAACAGGAGUAGGCCGCCUUGAGACGCCAGACGCCCUCAAACUACCCAAGGAGGAGAGACUGAUUUGACGCACUCGGGUUUAUGAUUACCCUGAAGAACAUGAUAAUGAUGAAUCCAUUUCAGACAAACAAAUAAACAUUAACUAAGCACCUUCUCUGAAGGGGCCAGGCACAAAUUUAGCCUAAUGUUUGGGCUAAGCAAAGUUUUAAAACUUGAAGGAAUCCGGAUCCUCUGUAAAGGCAAUAUGUUUCACUGUGCAUAUUUUUCAGAAACCAUUGCAUUAAAGGAAUAGUUCACCCAAAAAGGAAAAUUCUGUUGCCAUUUACGCACCCUCAUGUCAUUCCAAACCCAUUUGACUUUCUUUUUUUAUGAAUAUUUCAGUUGAUCUUGUCAGUACAAAAGCACUUGAUAGUGACUUGCUUUAAUCUUAAAAGUAUUCCAUGUGAAUCGUGUGUCAUAUUCCAAGUCUUCUGAAAGCAGAUGAUAGGUUUUUGUGAGAAACAACCUGAAAUUUCAGUCACUUUUUAGUGAAAAUCUUGACCAUGUGUGCAUGACAGAAGCUUGUUAACAUGCCUUGUUUUAUCUUUUCUCUCAUAGUGCUCAUUUACUGCCUCUGUUUUAAAAAGACAGAUCGGAAUAUUCCAUAAAAUGUCUCCUUUCGUGUUUUGCAUAAUAAUAAAAAAAGUCAUACAGGUUUGGACCAACAUAAAGUUUAGUAAAUUAUAAUAGAAAUGCCAUUUUUGGCUGAACUACUCUUUUAAACAGAGAAAGACCACACCUGCAUGGUAGAAUCACAGUCAAAUUUUGGCAUUCAAAUCUGUGGACUGACUUACUCUGGACCAGCUGACAUCAUUUGGAUAAUAGGAUAAAUGCUUUAGUUGACAGAUCUGCUUGUACUUUUCUUUCAUCUCUAGCAUCAACAUUUCAUACUUAUUUCAGAUUAGUAGCUAUUUUCUGAAUGCCACAAUUAAUGUAUUCCAUUAAAUUGGUUGCUUUACAAAUGCAAACUCAUAUAUUUGUAUGUAAUGUUAAGAUAUUUUUAUUUAAGUAAAGUGUGGAAUUUAUUUGCUGCUAGUGACAUAAAACGGAAUUGCUAUUUGAUUGUUUGAGCAGCCACACUUGGUUGGACAUAACUGCAUUGGCUCAGCCAAUGGCGUGAGUUUAGGGCGGGACUACUUGUUUGAAAGGAGUGCAG